AUGGUGGUACGAUUGUUAUCGAAGAUACGCGGGGCGAAGCCGAGAGCUUCCGAAGUUUUAACUGCGCAUUUAAAACAGAGAGAUAUACCUCCAUGGACGUCAUAUUUUGUGAAGUAUAGUUCGGUGAAAAAUGACCAAUUUGGACUGUCCCACUUUAACUGGGAGGUGGACGGAGCGAACUACCAUAUCUUGAGAACUGGAUGUUAUCCAUAUAUAAAGUACCACUGCACAAAGAGACCAUGGCAACACCUGGCUUUUGAAAACACGUUCUUCAAUGUACUCAAGCUAUUCAAUUUAGGUCUGCCAUGUCUGGCAUAUGGUAUUGGUGCAUGGUUCCUUAUUACCUGUUCGGAUGAUGUCCAAACUGAGAAGGGCUCAGUGAAAGUCUAUUUUCUCUAUAAAGAAGACAAAGGAUCCAUUUACUGAGAAAUAUUUAGGAUAUUGUAUUUGAGAUUCCUAGUCACAUUAUUGUGUUUUUAUUCAAAAUUCAAAUUUGUGUUUGUACUGCUGUAAACUGAAAUGUAAUAAAGGCUAUUUAUUUAUUUAUU